GGAGCUAGGCUGGCCCCUGGGCCUCUCAGUAGCCUGGACUUAGGCUUUAAGUCCUGCUGAGAAAGCAUGGGGGACUGUCUAGGAAACCGGCUGCUGUUACCGCACAUCCUCACCUGACUAUCCCCAAGUGCACGGCCAUGGCCCUGGUUCCACCUCUUGGCCGUGAAUUCCCGCCAGAGCCUGUGAAUUGUCCCCUGGCAGCUCCUAGAGAGCUGGAUGUUGUCGGAGGUACCAUCUGCCCUGCACCUGAGGAAGAGACAAGCAGGCCAGAGCAGGUCCAGGCCUCCUUGGGCCUGCCUGAGCAUUGCAUGGGUGAACUGAAGAGCACUGAGUCUGCCACCAGCCCCUCAAGACUCCCUCUGGCCUCUUCCCAUGAGCAUCAAGACGGGAGCAAGCCCUGUGAGCACCCUGACUCUGGUCUGGAAGUACUAGAAGCUGAACAGGACAGUCUACAUCUUUGUCUGUUGAGGUUGAACUUCCGGCUGCAGGACCUGGAACAAGGCCUUGGGUCUUGGACGCUGGCCCAUAACAGAAUUGUCCAGCUGCAGGCCCUGCAGGCAGAGCUACGAGGGGCCGCUGAGCGCGUGGAUGCAUUGCUUGCAUUUGGUGAGGGCCUGGCAGAGAGGAGUGAGCCCAGGGCCUGGGCAUCCCUGGAGCAGGUCCUGAGGGCCCUUGGGACCCACCGAGACACUAUCUUCCAACGGCUCUGGCAGCUGCAGGCCCAGUUGAUCAGCUAUAGCCUGGUGCUUGAGAAGGCCAACCUCCUGGACCAGGACUUGGAAGUUGAGGGAGACUCAGACGGGCCAGCAGCUGGUGGAGUCUGGGGGCCCUGGGCACCCAGUACCUUCCCCACUCCUGCAGAGUUGGAGUGGGACCCAGCAGGGGAUGUUGGGGGUCUUGGGCCCUCAGGGCAAAAGAUAUCUCGGAUACCAGGAGCUCCUUGUGAGCUGUGUGGCUACAGGGGACCCCAGAGCAGUGGACAGGGCCUUGAGGACCUGCUCUCCUUGGGGCUUGGCCACCGGAAACAUUUAGCAGCUCACCAUCGAAGGCGGCUCCGGAAGCCUCAGGACAGGAAGAGGCAAGUACCCCCCAGUCUGCCCGAUGCGAUGCUGGAAGUGGAUCGCGGGGUCCCAGCUCCAGCAUCCAAGCGGCCCCUGACCCUCUUCUUUCUCCUUCUCUUCCUCCUUCUGGUGGGUGCCACGCUGUUGCUGCCCUUGUCGGGGGUCUCCUGCUGUUCUCAUGCCCGGCUGGCCAGGACGCCCUACCUGGUGCUCCGUUAUGUCAAUGGUCUCCCUCCAAUCUGAGCCCACCAUCCCAGACACGUGCAUUAAAUGGUCACUUUCAAGAGA